AUGAGAAUAGUGUUGGCGCUGUUAUUGCUAACAACAGUACUGGGAGCCGCUUCAACCCCAUUUUAUGUCCUUCAGUACUAUGAAACAGAAAAUAGACUCUCAUUGUUGGAGAGCGAAAUGAAGAGACUUGAAGACGUCGAAAGACAUCUCCACGACGUGUUGGACAGACUUGGAUUGGACUUGUCAGUCACUCUCGAGAAGGACAAACCAGAGAUCAAAAACCGUAUUAUGGACAUCGAGUCACAGAUCAAUUCACAACAAUUAAGAAAGGCUUCCGUCUUGGAAUCGAUGAAGAAGGAACUUGGCGCAGUCCCUGAAGAUGUCAGAAAUAACAUCAUCGCGAAUUUGAAACUCGACAGAAGAUUCUCCGGUGUCGACAUUGUCUUGGGAAAGUCUAAAUUCCCAGAACCAGUCGCCCAAGCUGCGGUCCAAGCGAAACCAAGUGCUACUCCAGUUCAGACCAAACAAGAGAAAAAGGCUGCAAAAAAAGCUACUAAGAAACAGUCCAAGAAGCAAAUCAAACAAAUGAAAGAAGAGAAGAAGGCUUUGAAGGCUCAAAAAUCCCAAACUAAAGAGGCCGAGAAAAAAGCUGUUGCUGAGGUUAAAAAAAUGAUGAAGAAGGCGAAAGAUAUGGCCAAACAAGUCAUGAAGAAAGCUGAAAAGAAACAAAAGGCCGCAGAGAAAAAGGUUAAGAAAAUGCUCGAAAAGGCUCAGACUGAAACUAAAAAGACCCAAGAAAAGGCUGAAAAGAAGGCAAAGAAGGCUGCUGAACAAGCCAAGAAGGACGCUAAAAAGGCCGCGAAACAAGCGAAGAAAGAUGUCAAAACAGCUACCAAGGAAGUUAAACAAGCUGCUAAAGACACCAAGGCUGAGGUAAAGGAUGCCAAUAAACAGAUCAAGAAGGACAACAAGGAAGUCGUCAAGAAGAUGGAUUCUGUUAAGAAGGACGUCAAAAAGGAUAACAAGAAGAGCAUCAAGAAGGCUGCAUCCAAGGCCAAGACUGUUGCCAAGAAACAAGCUGGAAAGGCUGAGAAGAAGAUGGCGAAGGAUGUCAAGAAGGCUGAGAAGAAAUUGAAGGCAUCAGAAAAGAAGACUGCCAAAGACUUGAAGGCAAAGGUCAAAUCUGCAGAGAAGAAAUCUGCUGAAGCCAAGAAAUCUGCUAAGAAAUCAGGAAAGAAGGCAGAGAAGUCCGCGAAGAAGGCAGCUAAAGAUGCCAAGAAGGAUAUGAAGAAACAAGAAAAGAAGGCAGAAAAGGUUGCCAAAUCAGCAAAGAAGGCAGCUAAAAGUGCAGCGAAGGAUGCCAAGAAGCAAGUGAAGAAAGCAGAGAAGAAGGUUUCUUCAACUAAGAAGGGACUUAAGAAACAACUCAAGAAGACAGAGAAGGCGACUAAGAAGGUCAAAGAAGCAGAGAAGAAACAAAAGAGCCAAUUGAAGAAGAUGAAGAAAGACGUCAAGAAGGGUAAGAAAUCAGCAAAGGAUCUUAAGAAGUUGAAAUCAACAGUCAAAUCGACAAAGAAGGCAGAAAAGAAAUUGGAGAAGAAGGAAAAACAACUGAAGAAAGACUUGAAGAAGAAGAUUGCUAAGAACGCAACAAAGGCAAAGAAAGAAGCCAAAAAACAAGCAAAGAAGGCAGCAGGAAAGGCGGAAAAGAAGGCCGAGAAGAAAUCAAUCAAGGCAGCUAAGAAAUACACAAAGAAGCAGACCAAGAAAGUUGAGAAAAAGGAGGAAAAGAAGAUCAAAAAGGCACAGAAGAAGUUGAACAAGAAGGUCAAGAAGGUCCAAAAACAAGAAAAGAAGGACAAGAAGAAACUCGAGAAGAAAGAAAAGAAGAACGCAGAAAAGGCUAAGAAGGCAACACAAAAGGCACUCACAAAAGCAAAGAAGGAGGCCAAGAAACAAGCAAAGAAGGCAGAGAAGAAGGUGAAAAAAGCCGAGAAGAAGAACCUCAAGAAGCUUGAAAAGAAGAACAAGAAGGCUGUGAAGAAGUUGGAAAAGAAGGAGAAUAAGAAGAUCAGCAAAGCAAAAGCUGCCGCCAAACAAGCUAAAAAGGCCAACGAUAAGCUCAAGAAGAAGACCUCCAAAAUCAGCAAAAAGGUGACAAAGAAGAUUACAAAGAAAGUUGCUAAGACCAACAAAAAGGCUGCCAAAAAAGCAAAUAAGAAAGCCGCUAAAAAGGCUGCGAAGAAGAGUGCAAAGAAGAAUGCCAAGUUGUCUAAGAAGUCGACAAAGAAAAGCAUCAAGAAAUCCGAGAAGAAGCUCAACAAGAAACUUUCAAAGAAGAUGAGUGCCAAGUUUGGAAAGAAGAACGCUAAGAAGGCUAUGGCCAAAAUCAAAAAGGCUGAAAAGAAAGCUGAGAAGAAAGCCAAGAAGCAAGGACUUAAUAAGAAGCAGACAAAGGCUCUUAUUAAGAAAGCCGCCAAGAAAGCCCAAAAGAAACAAUCAAAGAAAUUGGCUCAAAAGAAGAAAGUUGUUAAGAAAAGUUCACCAAAGAAGUCUGUUCAGAAACAAAACUUGAAGAAGCAAAAGGCAGUCUUGAAGCAGAAGCAGAAAAAACUCGAGAAGCUUCAAAAGAAACAACAAAAAGCCACAGGCAAAGAAAAGAAGGCUAUUCAGAAAAAGAUUGAGAAGAAACAAAAGCAAAUCAAACAAACUAAAAAACAAGUGAAACAAACAAAGAAACAAUUGAAACAGACAAAGAAGCAACACAAGAAGUAA